AUGGAAAUUUCCAUGCUCAGAGCCGACAUUCAUGAGGAUAGGGAAGCAACAAUGGCACGUUUUCUCAGUGGUGUGAGAUCGGAAAUUUCUGACCAACUCGAGCUACAAUACUAUACUGAACUAGAGGACAUGGUGGAGAAGGCGAUCAAAAUUGAGCGACGGCUCAAGAGGAGGGGUACAACCAGAAAUUAUGCCUCUAUUUACACUUCAAAUCAGCGAAAUUUCCAACCUUGGAGAGAUGAUACAGCCGUUGGUAAUCCAACAACUUCAUGGCCUAAGCAAGAGGUAUCCAUCAACCCUCGACCAAAUGUUUCUAAAUUUGAUUCUAGAGGAGCUUCCAAACCAGUAAACGAGACCUCAAGGCCUAGAAACUGA